AUAAUCCACUCGCGUACCUUCUACACACUGCUCCUCCUCCCUUUAAAUCUCGCUUCUACCCCACUGCCCCCCCGUCGCACAUCUCACUUGCAACUCACGCGCUGUCUUCGCUUAAACCCUUGCCAAAACCUCAUCGCUUUCGUCUUCUCCAAGCUUUCAAUCGCACGUCGCAACUGAAAUGGCGUCCUCUCUAGCUCUGAAGAAGCUCCUCUCCUCCAACCUCGCCGCCAGGUCGUUCCGUCCGGCUCGCGCUGUAGCUCAGCCGGCUUCCUUCCGACUCUUCAACAGCAACGCCGUUCGCGAGUAUGACAGCGACGACCGCGAUGUGGACGUAGACCGCCGUCCUGAUCGUCGCGUCUUUUCUCCCUUCGCAGGAGUAUUUGAUCCGUUCUCCACGAGGAGCAGCCUUAGUCAAAUCUUGAACAUGAUGGACCAAUUCAUGGAAUCCCCUGUCACUUCCAGCAUUCGCCGUAACUGGGAUGCCAGGGAAACUGCUGACGGGCUCCACCUGCGCAUGGAUAUGCCUGGGUUAGACAAGGAGGAUGUGAAAGUCUCGGUGGAGCAGAAUACUCUGAUCAUCAAAGGCGAGGGCAAGAAGGAAUUCGAGGAAGAGGAGCAUGGAAGGAGGUACAGUAGCAGGAUUGAUCUGCCAGAGAGACUCUACAAGACCAAUGAGAUCAAGGCUGAGAUGAAAAAUGGUGUUCUGAAAGUGUUUGUGCCCAAGAUCAAGGAAGAGGAGAGGUCUGAUGUUUUCCAUGUGAGUGUUGAGUGAAUGGUACGUAGUGUCCUUUUAGCAGCAGAGAUAGGUGAUGGAACGAAACUGUCAAUAAAAUAAGCGAGAGUUGUCUGUUUCUUGUACUUCUGCGUUCAGUUUUAACUUUAAGCAUAUCGAAUAUCUUGAGACAGCUUCUUAAUUUUGUCAUGGGAUCACUUUUCUCUUUCUUGGAUCAGUUCAA